CAAAAUCCCUUUUCCAUUAUUAUUAUUAUUAUUAUUAUUAUUUCUUUAAAAUGAGCUCUUUCAAAAUUGCACUCAUUCAACUCGCAGCCGGUGCCCAAAAGGCCGCCAAUCUAACCAAGGCGCGCACCAAAGUUCUCGAAGCCGCUCGCAACGGUGCCAACCUCAUAGUCCUCCCAGAGUGUUUCAAUUCACCCUACGGUACUCAGCAUUUCGCAAACUACGCCGAAGAAUUUCACACCACAGUAGCGGGUGGAAGUAGUGAAAGCACCCAGGCAUUAUCUAAAAUGGCACAAGACGCUCAAGUUUAUCUUAUCGGAGGGUCUAUUCCUGAGAGAUCUCGGGAGGGCGCACUCUUCAAUACAUGUACCGUGUGGGAUCCCCAAGGUACCCUAGUGGCUGUGCAUCGUAAGAUACAUUUGUUUGAUGUGGAUUUUCCGGGUAAAAUGGUAUUCAAGGAGAGUUCGGUGCUGGAGGCUGGGCGGGAUAUGACGGAGUUUGCGACGCCCUGGGGGAAGGUCGGAUUGGGGAUUUGCUACGAUAUGCGGUUUCCUGAACUCGCCAUGGUGGCGGCGCGCCGGGGCUGCAUUGCUAUGGUGUACCCUGGGGCAUUCAACACUACCACUGGUCCUUUGCAUUGGGAGUUGUUGGUGAGGGCAAGGGCGGUGGAUAAUCAGAUUUUUGUCGCUGCUUGUUCCCCUGCGAGGGAUCCGGAGGCCGGAUACCAGGCUUGGGGUCAUUCAAUGGUUGUUGAUCCGUAUGCUAGGAUUAUUGCAACUAUGGAGGAGGGCGAGGGUAUGGUUUAUGCGGAUGUCGAUUUGAAACUUAUCGAGGAGGUACGCAAGGCUGUACCUGUAUAUGAGCAGAGACGGUUCGAUGUUUAUCUAGAUGUUGCUCGGUAAUAUGCCCCCCCCUGCUUAUUUUGGUGGGUUUUUUUUAUUUACUGCUUGUUAAUUUGUUAAUCAAAUUUUUUGGGCAUUUUUUUGUUUUAGCGUUAUUUAACGCGUCUAUGACACUACUACAUUAUUAUUUUUUUUUUACGUGUUUGUAUCAGAGUAUGUGUGCGUAUUUGUUUUGUUUUCUUGCGCAGCCAACUUUGGCAUUCUCAUCAGUUGUAAUUUAAUAGCCAAGGGUGCGUUUCACACUUUUUCUCUUGUUCUAAUUUUUUAUUUUUAUUUUUAUUAUUAUUUAUUAUUAUUUGGUAUUUAAUACAUAAAAAAGCAAGAUAUUUUUGUCAGUCAAUCG